GACGCGCGUCGUGGAGGUCGACCUCGCGGCCAUGGUGGCCGGCACGCGGUACCGUGGCAUGUUCGAGGAGCGCAUGAAGAACGUGAUCAACCGGGCAGAGGCGUCCAACGGCAAGAUCAUACUUUUCGUGGACGAGAUGCACAUGCUCUACUCGGCCGGCAGCAGCCGGACCAACUGCACCAGCGCCUCCAACAUGCUCAAGCCGGCGCUGGCCCGCGGCCGCAUCCGCUGCGUGGGGGCCACCACCUUUGACGAGUACCGCCAGUACGUGGAGAAGGACCCUGCGCUCGAGCGACGGUUUCAGAAAGUGCACGUCGGGGAGCCGAGCAUUGAGGCCACCAUUGCCAUCUUGCGGGGGCUAAAGCAACGAUUCCAAGACCACCAUGGACUCGAGAUUCAGGAUGCCGCUCUCGUCGCUGCUGCGCGCCUCGGUGCCCGCUACAUCACCGGUCGUCAAUUUCCAGAUAAGGCAAUUGAUCUGAUCGACGAGGCAUGUACUUUCAUAGCCAGAAAGAUGAAGCAGAUUGACAACCAAGUACUAGUAGAUGACAACACUACUCCCACUAGCUUAAACGAUGCAAAUAAAAAAGUGGUUGUCAACACGAAAAGUAGCUCCACAAAUAGAGUGAAGAAAGCAAUUGUUGAUCCAAAUGAUGUCGCACAGGUUGUGAGUCGAUGGACUGGAAUUCCUGUCGCUACGCUUUGUGAAGAGGAGAAGGACAAAUUAAUCCAUAUUCGAGACAGAUUGCAUGAGCGGGUUAUUGGUCAAGAUGAAGCGGUCAAUUUGGUUGCGCAAGCGGUGUUACGCUCUAGGGCCGGCCUUGAUCAACCUAGCCAACCGACAUGUACUUUCCUCUUUUUAGACCCGUCUGGUGUUGGAAAGACAGAGCUUGCAAAAGCUCUUGCCGAGCAACUAUUUGACAGUGAAAAGAUGCAUGUUCGGGUUGACAUGUCUGAAUAUGCUACUGCUGGGUCUGUAACACGUCUCAUUGGAGCACCUCCAAGCUAUAUUGGAUAUGAAGAUAGCGGACAAUUGACUGAAAAGGUGAGAAGGCAUCCAUAUAGCCUUAUCCUUUUUGAUGAGGUCGAGAAGGCACAUCCCUCGGUGUUUAAUAUUUUUCUUCAAAUUCUUGAUGAUGGCAUGUUGACUGAUGGCAAAGGUAAAAUUGUUGACUUUAAGAAUACUAUCAUCAUUAUGACCUCAAAUCUUGGAUCAGAAUACCUUACAACAAAAAUGACUGGAGAAAAGCCAUUAGAACUUGCAAGGAACCUUGUCAUGAAAAAGGUUUGUUAAUCCCAAAUUGUCAUGUAAGGACUCCAUGCAAUAGUUCCUACUACUGAUUGACAUUCAUGUUGUUGCUUAUGCAAGUUUAGAAGUUCUUCA